CACAGGUGGGAGAUCCCUGCAGCAAGGAGCCUGAGAUAGAGAAGGCGUUCUCGCAUUGUCAUAUCGGCGGUGCGCUGCUCACGCCUGGCUGCCUCCCGCCUCCCCUCUACUCAGCUGUCUCCGUCUCCUCACGGCCUGGGUGGAUGCGCUCGGCGCUCGGCUCGGCCCCCUGGCUCCCCACUCUCCCCAGCCCAGGGCUUCUCCAGCUCGGUUCGCGGCCGGUGACAGCGGCUCCGGCGGAAAGGAAGAUGGCGACCGAGGGCAUGAUCCUCACCAAUCACGAUCAUCAAAUCCGCGUCGGUGUCCUGACAGUGAGUGACAGUUGCUUCAGGAACCUUGCAGAAGACAGAAGUGGAAUAAACCUUAAGGACCUCGUCCAAGAUCCUUCAUUAUUGGGCGGGACUAUAUCUGCGUAUAAGAUUGUGCCUGACGAAAUAGAGGAUAUUAAGGAAUCAUUAAUAGAUUGGUGUGAUGAAAAAGAACUUAAUUUGAUCUUAACAACAGGAGGAACUGGUUUUGCUCCAAGAGACGUUACGCCAGAGGCCACAAGAGAAGUUAUAGAACGGGAAGCCCCAGGAAUGGCUCUGGCAAUGCUAAUGGGAUCCCUAAAUGUCACUCCUCUGGGAAUGCUCUCUAGACCAGUCUGUGGAAUCAGAGGAAAAACGCUAAUCAUCAACUUACCAGGUAGCAAGAAAGGGUCACAGGAAUGCUUUCAAUUUAUACUGCCAGCCCUACCUCAUGCCAUAGACCUUUUGAGGGACGCUAUUGUAAAAGUAAAAGAAGUACACGAUGAGUUGGAAGACUUGCCCUCACCACCACCUCCCCUCUCUCCUCCUCCAACGACAAGCCCUCACAAACAGACAGAGGACAAGGGGGUCCAGUGUGAGGAAGAGGAGGAAGAGAAGAAAGACAGUGGUGUUGCAUCAACUGAAGACAGUUCAUCUUCGCACAUCACUGCAGCCACAAUUGCAGCAAAGUCCAGCAUUGCUGCAAUCAUGGCAAAAGGUCAGACAUCCAUCCCAGGGGUCAUCAGACAUCACACUACAUCCAAUGCAGUGGAAGCAACGUUCAUCGGCUGUCCCCACCACACUUCAUCCUCUGCUCCAGAGCCAACUGUCUCCAGCUGUUCCCAUCACUUUUCAUCCAGUGCUGUGAAACCAACUCUCAUUAGCUCUUCCCAUCACACUACAUCUGUGGAACCAAGUCACUCUGGUUGUUCUCAUCAUCUCUCAUCCAGUUUUGUGGAACCAAUACCCACCAGUUGUUCCCAUCACGCUACAUCCAUUGCUCUGGAACCGAUUCCAGAUUCCAUCAUCUCUCGUGGGGUGCAGGUACUUCCGCGAGACACCGCAUCUCUCAGCACCACUCCCUCUGAAUCUCCAAGGGCGCAGGCUACAUCUAGACUCUCCACAGCUUCAUGCCCAACACCAAAAGUAGAUCAGUACCUAUCCGAAGCAAAGCAAAUUAGACGGCCGGACGAAAACAAAGUCAUUACUAAUAGAGUUGGAUCCUUCAAACUUCACCGAAAACUGGAGAAUCUCAGGGAUCACCUGCAAGGCAAUGACAAAGGAUACUCUCUCAGAGUAAAUGCUCGGCUUCCUUCCUGCUCAUCCACCUAUAGUGUUUCAGAGGACAUUUGGAUUGCUGCCCCCUCCUUUUCUCAGCUCCACUAUAAAUUGGAAGGGCUUAAAGAUGAACUCAGGAGGAAUAGAGGCUGCGAAACAAGAGUCCAAUCCAGAUGUAGCAGCAAGGAGAACAUUCUUAGAGCUAGUCACAGUGCUGUUGAUAUCACCAAGGUAGCAAGAAGACACCGUAUGUCUCCAUUUCCACUAACAUCUAUGGACAAAGCAUUCAUCACAGUUUUGGAAAUGACACCUGUUCUUGGAACUGAAAUAAUAAAUUAUCGAGAUGGAAUGGGCCGUGUGCUUGCCCAAGAGGUAUACGCAAAAGACAACUUACCUCCAUUCCCUGCAUCAGUGAAGGAUGGAUAUGCAGUAAGAGCUGCAGACGGCCCAGGAGAUCGUUUCAUUAUUGGUGAAUCUCAAGCUGGUGAGCAGCCAACUCAGACAGUGAUGCCUGGGCAGGUGAUGAGAGUAACAACUGGUGCUCCAAUCCCAUGUGGUGCCGAUGCGGUGGUUCAAGUGGAAGACACAGAACUAAUAAGGGAAUCAGAUGACGGAACAGAGGAGUUGGAAGUACGUAUCUUAGUGCAGGCUCGUCCAGGCCAAGAUAUCAGACCAAUUGGCCAUGACAUUAAAAGAGGAGAGUGCGUCCUGGCGAAGGGCACCCAUAUGGGUCCUUCAGAAAUCGGCCUGCUAGCAACUGUUGGUGUCACAGAAGUGGAAGUCCACAAAUUUCCAGUGGUUGCUGUAAUGUCAACGGGAAAUGAGCUCUUGAAUCCUGAAGAUGACCUCUUGCCAGGGAAAAUCCGUGACAGCAACCGGUCUACACUAUUAGCAACAAUUCAGGAACACGGCUACCCAACCAUCAACCUGGGGAUUGUGGGAGACAACCCAGAUGACCUGUUAAAUGCCUUAAAUGAAGGUAUAAGCCGUGCCGAUGUUAUCAUCACAUCAGGAGGUGUAUCCAUGGGGGAGAAGGAUUACCUUAAGCAGGUCCUGGAUAUUGAUCUCCAUGCACAAAUCCAUUUUGGUCGAGUAUUUAUGAAGCCAGGCUUGCCGACCACCUUCGCAACCAUGGACAUUGAUGGUGUAAGGAAAAUUAUAUUUGCACUCCCAGGAAACCCUGUGUCAGCAGUCGUUACCUGUAAUCUCUUUGUUGUACCAGCACUAAGAAAGAUGCAGGGAAUCCUGGAUCCAAGACCUACAAUCAUCAAAGCCAGGUUAUCGUGUGAUGUGAAGUUAGAUCCACGCCCAGAAUACCAUCGCUGCAUAUUGACUUGGCAUCACCAAGAGCCACUGCCUUGGGCACAGAGUACAGGAAAUCAGAUGAGCAGUCGUCUGAUGAGUAUGCGCAGUGCCAAUGGACUUUUGAUGCUACCUCCAAAGACAGAGCAGUAUGUGGAACUUCACAAGGGAGAGGUGGUAGACGUCAUGGUUAUCGGAAGGCUAUGAUGACGCCCGCGGGCGAGGGGGAAGCUCUGAUGCAUGUCCACAUAUCAUUGACUGUAUCCUGUAAUAUGCAACGGCACAGCUAGUCUUUUAUUUUUUUUGGGGGGGGGAAUCUGGAUAAAGAUGAUCAGUAUAGUCGACAUCUCGAACUAAAUUUCGGAGGAAAAAAAUAUAUAUAUGACUUCGGAGGAGGAGGAGAAAAAAAAUCUGAAAAAGAAAAAAAAAUAUCUUUUUCCAAAAAAAAAAGAAAAAAAUCAAAUUAAAAAAAAACCCUCUUAUAAAAAAAAAAACCCAACCUUUAUUCUGAUUAUAUCAAGGCAACCUUUUCCGUCAUUGCAAUUGCUUUGUGUGUUAAAAUGCUAGGUCGGAUAGCAGUAGCUUUUAGUAGACAGCAGUAGAUGCCUGCAAAACUUGUGUUUCUCUCAUCCUUAAAAUACAAAAUAACGAAGCUCUUAAACAAGGCUGUCUGCUUACUUUAUACUAGCUUAGAUUACACUGCUCCUUCCCUUAUCAGUAUGCUUCAUAACUGCUUCACAAGAGAGCGCUCUGCUUGUUCUUAAUCUUGUUAAUUGUGUUGGUGUGCACAGUGCCAAAUUCGAAAAACUCCGGAUCGGAGGGGCGCCACCUUGCCAGCAAGGAAAGGCAAGGCUCGCGAUCCUCGCUCAGCUCACUACUAUUGGGCAGUAACUCUCAAUACCUUUUCUUUAAAUAAAAAUAAACAAAAAAAUUGCUUCCUUAAGUGCUGACAGCCUUUUUAACCAAUACAUUUAAAAAAAAAAUGUACAGAAAAAAAAAUAUCAAAAACUGAUCUUGUACAGAUAACAGUGUACCAGCAUUCAAUAGGAAAUUAAAAAAAAAAAAAAAAGCAAAGAAAAUAUUGAAGAACUCUGUACCAUAACAUUUUCUGUAAUGAUAUUGAAACAAGAUUAAUUAAAUCCUUGAUCAUUAUUUUAAAAAA